UUUCUUCUUUCACCACUGUUAUAAAUAAAGCCUCCUCCAUGUCGUCUCUAUCAGUUCGAGUGUUCCAUAAUCUCAUUGCUCAAAGAAUUCUAACAGUUCCUUCAAAACCCCUCUUGAAUUCUCUGAAAAUUUCAUCGAUUUCUUCAAUUUCUCAUCCGAUAGGUUCGAAAAGAUCUUGGUUUUCCACAAGAUUCUGUGGUGCGAACAGAACGCCGGUGGUGGGUUUCCAAUCAAAUCGAUCCAUGGCCACUCAAUCGAAGCAAUCGGUUUACGACUUCACCGUUAAGGACGCAAAGGGUCAAGAUGUGGAUCUUAGCAAGUUCAGGGGGAAAGUCUUGCUGAUCGUUAACGUUGCAUCACAAUGUGGCUUUACGAAUUCUAAUUACCCCGAGCUGACAACUUUGUACCAGAAGUACAAGGAUCAAGGUUUGGAGAUUCUUGCGUUUCCGAGCAAUCAGUUUAACGGGCAAGAACCAGGAAGUAAUGAAGAAAUUCAGGAGUUUGUUUGCACUCGCUUCAAAGCCGAGUAUCCCGUCUUUGGCAAGGUUGAUGUGAAUGGCAAAACCGCCGAGCCCUUGUACAAUUUCCUCAAGUCGAGCAAAGGCGGGCUUCUCGGCGACAGUAUCAAGUGGAACUUCACAAAAUUUCUAGUCGAUAGAGAAGGGAAGGUCGUUGAUCGUUAUGCUCCCACCACCACUCCUCUCAGCAUCGAGAAGGAUAUAAAGAAGCUGCUUGGUGUUGCUUAAGUUCCGUUCCCCCGGGCCUCGAUGUGCGCUUCUGCCAUAUUAGCGAUAAAUAAGCGCGGGUAUCGAUAAGAUUUGUUUCAAGCGUUUUCGUGUGAUCUAUGUUUAAAUGACGUUGUAUUAAUAAAAUGACAUCUUACGUGUUUGUUCU